AUCAAGGUUCAGAAGCAGAAAUGGCUUUGCCCUUAACAAAGAUGGCAGCCAUUAGCGUCGGGGGACGGCCUGCCUGAGACAAAGAGGGCGGCCUAGCAUACAGGAACCGGAAGUUCGCGUCUGGCGGUGCGCAGGGUACGGUGGGCGCUGGGACGCGCAAGCGGCGCGGGUCCGGGCAUGAAGCUGGGCCGGGCCGCCCUGGCCCUGCUGCUGCUGGCGCCGUGUGUGGUUCGUGCGGUGGAGCCCAUCAGCCUGGGCCUGGCCCUGGCCGGCGUACUGACUGGCUACAUCUCCUACCCGCGCCUCUACUGCCUCUUUGCCGAGUGCUGCGGUCAGAAGCGGAGCCUCAGCCGGGAGGCGCUGCAGAAGGAUCUGGAUAACAAGCUCUUUGGACAGCAUCUUGCAAAGAAAGUCAUCUUAAACGCCGUGUCUGGUUUCCUAAGCAAUCCGAAGCCCAAGAAGCCCCUUACCCUCUCCCUGCAUGGGUGGACAGGCACCGGCAAAAACUUCGCCAGCAAGAUCAUCGCAGAGAAUAUUUACGAGGGUGGGCUCAACAGUGACUAUGUGCACCUGUUUGUGGCCACGCUGCAUUUCCCCCACGCCUCUAACAUCACCCUGUAUAAGGACCAAUUACAGAUGUGGAUUCGAGGCAACGUGAGCGCCUGUGCUCGGUCCGUCUUCAUCUUUGACGAGAUGGACAAGAUGCACGCAGGCCUCAUCGAUGCCAUCAAGCCUUUCCUAGACUAUUACGAUGUGGUAGAUGAGGUCUCCUAUCAGAAGGCCAUCUUCAUCUUCCUCAGCAAUGCGGGGGCAGAAAGGAUCACAGACGUGGCUUUGGAUUUCUGGAAAAGUGGGAAGCAGAGGGAAGAAAUCAAGCUCAGAGACAUGGAGCAUGCCCUGGCCGUGUCGGUCUUCAAUAACAAGAACAGUGGCUUCUGGCACAGCAGCCUCAUUGACCGGAACCUCAUUGACUACUUUGUCCCUUUCCUGCCCCUGGAAUAUAAGCACCUGAAAAUGUGCAUCAGAGUUGAGAUGCGGUCCCGUGGCUAUGAAGUAGAUGAGGACAUUGUAAGCAAGGUGGCUGAAGAGAUGACCUUCUUUCCCAAGGAGGAGAGAGUCUUCUCGGACAAGGGCUGCAAGACUGUGUUCACCAAGCUGGACUACUACCUGGAUGACUGAGUCUGCUGCAGACAGCCAGGCCACUCCUCUCCCAGGAGGCGGGCGGCUCAGGACACUUUCUGCCGAGGUUACCAGGUACUGCCUUGGGGACUGUUUCUGCUCCUCAGAGCCUGCAGGUGGCCAUGCUGUAGGGACCAGACACAACAUGGACCCAAAGCUUCCUGGAGCCUCCAGGGGAUGAAACCUCCCAGCCUGCCCCUUCCCGGGCUCAUGAUUUUUUUUUAAAUUAUGUUUUAAUUUCAGGUGUUUCUGUUUUGAGGCAGAACAAGUAAGUUUUACUGCAAAUGUGAUAACUUUAUUUUAAAUGGUUUUUAAUAUAUGAGAAGCCUUUCA